CCGGAACGGGUCCGAGGCUCUCGCAGGCAGGGCUGGGCCAGGCAGGGGCUGCGAGGCCGGCACAAGGGAGGCGGCCCCGGGGACCGGACAGGGCGGGGGCGGGGACGCCGCCGCCUGCGCGGUUCCGGGUGCUCCCGGCGCGGCGCUGCCCAGGGCACACUUGACCGAGGUCGGGCUGCGGGGAAGGGCGGGUCUGGGGAGAACCCCGAGAGACGCGGCGUCCUCCAACUCCUCCUCCUUCUCCUCGCUGCCGCCGAAGCCACAUCCCGAGCCCGAGCCCGAGCCGGCGCCACCGCGCCCCCGGCCAUGGCUUUUGCCAAUUUCCGCCGCAUCCUGCGCCUGUCUACCUUCGAGAAGAGAAAGUCCCGCGAAUAUGAGCAUGUCCGCCGCGACCUGGACCCCAACGAGGUGUGGGAGAUCGUGGGCGAGCUGGGCGACGGCGCCUUCGGCAAGGUUUACAAGGCCAAGAAUAAGGAGACGGGUACUUUGGCUGCAGCCAAAGUCAUUGAAACCAAGAGUGAGGAGGAGCUGGAGGACUACAUCGUGGAAAUUGAGAUCCUGGCCACCUGCGACCACCCCUACAUUGUGAAGCUCCUGGGAGCCUACUAUCACGACGGGAAGCUGUGGAUCAUGAUUGAGUUCUGUCCAGGGGGAGCCGUGGACGCCAUCAUGCUGGAGCUGGACAGAGGCCUCACGGAGCCCCAGAUACAGGUAGUUUGCCGCCAGAUGCUAGAAGCCCUCAACUUCCUGCACAGCAAGAGGAUCAUCCACCGAGAUCUGAAAGCUGGCAACGUGCUGAUGACCCUCGAGGGAGACAUCAGGCUGGCUGACUUUGGUGUGUCUGCCAAGAAUCUGAAGACUCUACAGAAACGAGAUUCCUUCAUCGGCACGCCUUACUGGAUGGCCCCCGAGGUGGUCCUGUGUGAGACCAUGAAGGACACGCCCUACGACUACAAAGCCGACAUCUGGUCCCUGGGCAUCACGCUGAUUGAGAUGGCCCAGAUCGAGCCGCCACACCACGAGCUCAACCCCAUGCGGGUCCUGCUAAAGAUCGCCAAGUCGGACCCUCCCACGCUGCUCACGCCCUCUAAGUGGUCUGUAGAGUUCCGUGACUUCCUGAAGAUAGCCCUGGAUAAGAACCCAGAAACCCGACCCAGCGCCGCGCAGCUGCUGGAGCAUCCCUUUGUCAGCGGCAUCACCAGUAACAAGGCUCUGCGGGAGCUGGUGGCUGAGGCCAAGGCCGAGGUGAUGGAAGAGAUCGAAGACGGCCGGGAUGAGGGGGAAGAGGAGGACGCCGUGGAUGCUGCCUCCACCCUGGAAAACCAUACUCAGAACUCCUCUGAGGUGAGUCCGCCGAGCCUCAACGCUGACAAGCCUCUCAAGGAGUCACCUUCCACACCCCUGGCACCCAGCCAGUCUCAGGACAGUGUGAAUGAGCCCUGCAGCCAGUCCUCUGGGGACGGAUCCCUCCAAACCACCAGUCCCCCAGUCGUGGCCCCUGGAAAUGAGAACGGCCUGGCAGUGCCUGUGCCCCUGCGGAAGUCCCGACCCGUGUCAAUGGAUGCCAGAAUUCAGGUAGCCCAGGAGAAGCAAGUCGCUGAGCAGGGUGGGGACCUCAGCCCAGCAGCCAACAGAUCUCAAAAGGCCAGCCAGAGCCGGCCCAACAGCAGCGCCCUGGAGACCUUGGGUGGGGAGAAGCUGGCCAAUGGCAGCCUGGAGCCACCUGCCCAGGCAGCUCCAGGCCCUUCCAAGAGGGACUCGGACUGCAGCAGCCUCUGCACCUCUGAGAGCAUGGACUACGGUACCAAUCUCUCCGCUGACCUGUCGCUGAACAAAGAGAUGGGCUCUCUGUCCAUCAAGGACCCGAAACUGUACAAAAAAACCCUCAAGCGGACACGCAAAUUUGUGGUGGAUGGUGUGGAGGUGAGCAUCACCACCUCCAAGAUCAUCAGCGAAGAUGAGAAGAAGGAUGAGGAGAUGAGAUUUCUCAGGCGCCAGGAACUCCGAGAGCUUCGGCUGCUCCAGAAAGAAGAGCAUCGGAACCAGACCCAGCUGAGUAACAAGCAUGAGCUGCAGCUGGAGCAAAUGCAUAAACGUUUUGAACAGGAAAUCAACGCCAAGAAGAAGUUCUUUGACACGGAAUUAGAGAACCUGGAGCGUCAGCAAAAGCAGCAAGUGGAGAAGAUGGAGCAAGACCAUGCCGUGCGCCGCCGGGAGGAGGCCAAGCGAAUCCGCCUGGAGCAGGAUCGGGACUACACCAGGUUCCAAGAGCAGCUCAAACUGAUGAAGAAAGAGGUGAAGAACGAGGUGGAGAAGCUCCCCCGACAGCAGCGGAAGGAAAGCAUGAAGCAGAAGAUGGAGGAGCACACGCAGAAAAAGCAGCUUCUUGACCGGGACUUUGUAGCCAAGCAGAAGGAGGACCUGGAGCUGGCCAUGAAGAGGCUCACCACCGACAACAGGCGGGAGAUCUGUGACAAGGAGCGCGAGUGCCUCAUGAAGAAGCAGGAGCUCCUUCGAGACCGGGAAGCAGCCCUGUGGGAGAUGGAGGAGCACCAGCUGCAGGAGAGGCACCAGCUGGUGAAGCAGCAGCUCAAAGACCAGUACUUCCUCCAGCGGCACGAGCUGCUGCGCAAGCAUGAGAAGGAGCGGGAGCAGAUGCAGCGCUACAACCAGCGCAUGAUAGAGCAGCUGAAGGUGCGGCAGCAACAGGAAAAGGCGCGGCUGCCCAAGAUCCAGAGGAGUGAGGGCAAGACGCGCAUGGCCAUGUACAAGAAGAGCCUCCACAUCAACGGUGGGGGCAGCGCAGCCGAGCAGCGUGAGAAGAUCAAGCAGUUCUCCCAGCAGGAGGAGAAGAGGCAGAAGUCGGAGCGGCUGCAGCAACAGCAGAAACACGAGAACCAGAUGCGGGACAUGCUGGCGCAGUGCGAGAGCAACAUGAGCGAGCUGCAGCAGCUGCAGAAUGAAAAGUGCCACCUCCUGGUAGAGCACGAAACCCAGAAGCUGAAGGCCCUGGAUGAGAGCCAUAACCAGAACCUGAAGGAAUGGCGGGACAAGCUUCGGCCGCGCAAGAAGGCUCUGGAAGAGGAUCUGAACCAGAAGAAGCGGGAGCAGGAGAUGUUCUUCAAGCUGAGCGAGGAGGCGGAGUGCCCACACCCCUCCACCCCAAGCAAGGCCGCCAAGUUCUUCCCCUACAGUUCUGCGGAUGCUUCUUAACAACAGCCCGGGGCUGUGGCUGGCAGCUUGGUGGGCCCCAGGGCCUUCUCCUUCAUUCUCUGUGAACAUGCAACUCAGGACCCCUUUUCCCUCUUGCGUCUGUGCCAGCUCAAAUCCAGCCCCUCGCCCUGUGCCACCCCAACUGUGCCCGAUAGACCUGCCCCAGCAUUCCUGACUUCUCGCUGGCCUGUGGAGGGUGAGGUGUAAUUAUUUGUCACCUGACCCUAAUGUAUAUUCUCCUUGAGCCCCAGAUCCCUUCAAGCUGGAAGGGAUGGGGCUGUUGGUGGGGUCAGGGUCCAGGAGGAAUGGGUGUUCUGUGGCCUCGAGUCCUCUCCUGUUUGCGAAAAUACCAGUUUUGCUCUCUGUGGGAACAAAGCACUGCUGAUGAAGUCCCCGUGGGCUCAUUUGGGCUGGAAUUCUUGGUUUUUCAGCCAUUCCCUGCAGAGUCACUGAAUCAUCAAGUCCCUCACAGCCAUUUCUGUUCCCAGUGGAGCCAGGCCUGCAGCUGGCUGCUCAGGAGAUGGCCUCAUUCCUCCUGUUCUCCCAGUUUGCUUACCACUUAAGACAAAGCCAUGUCUAUGUGGGGGGCGGGGACCGGGGAAAGAGGGAGGCUGAAAUGUUUAUUCUGCUUCUCCCGUGUUUCAUGCCAUCUCGCGUCCCCCUUCCUGCACGUGGGUGUGAAUGCACACACAUACGCAUACACACAGGACUCGGUCUGCUGGCCUGGCCUCUUCUGCCCAGGUGGGUUGGAACACGUUUGCUGCCUGAGCCUGUGCCACUGAGCACGUUAGGUGGAGCAGUUGGUGUGGCGCGUGCAGGGUGUUGGCAUCAAAGGCAUGGAGAAGCACAGGCUGUACUGCCAGGCUGCGAUCCAUGCUGGCCCCCGCACAGGCUCCUGUGUUCAGGAACUGAUUCCUCAGCACACAAAGCUUCCACAACCCAGUCUGCUCCAUAGCACUCUGGCCCACCCUGUCUGCAGGUGAAACAGGAGGGCUGUUUCCCUCUGCCCUGUCCCCCCGACUGUGUUCAGGAGUUCCACCUUGCAUUUCAGACCUGGGCUAGCAGUCUCUUGGACUUCUCUUCAGGAAGAAAAAGCAUCAGGGGGAAAUGGAAUGCCCCUGCCCCGGGAACAUGGCGGAAGCACAGGUUCUGUACCUCAGAUGGACUCCUGCUGGGCCUUCAGGGUCUCAGUUGGCUUCCCCCAGAUUCUGAUUCUACGGCUGCAGAGUGUAUAUAACGCAAUAAAAGCAAAUGUUUGAACCAG